CGGCUUUUCUGCGGGGUGACACGUGAAACUUUCUCGAGGAGUUGCUCGGUGUGCUCGCGGUGUGCUGAGCUAAGCGUCGUGGACCAGCGUGCUGCUGCUGCUGCUACUUAUUUUAUUUUUUUAAAAAGAAACUCCGCCUGUAAAUGGGGGCAAAAAACGAAGGGGACCCGAGGAAACUGCAGAGGAAAAGUCCCGACUGCGCUGCAAUGAGCCUGCACGGCAACCCCGAAUUAACGGAAUAAAAAAAAAAAAAAAAAAAAAGUUCACAGAAGUUAAACCGCUUUUGAUUCAGCUCGACUUCGGGUUGAAUAUAAAACAACAACAACAACAACAAACAAAAAAACACCCGAAGUGGCCUCUGGAGAAGUUGCUGAGCGGCGUCAUGGCUGCCCACUGCGACGCCCUGAGCGGAUACUUGCAGCAGUCGGACCAGGGCUCCAACAGCGAGCGCAGCGCCGACUCCCCCCUCCCGGGGUCCGAGGAGGACCUGAGCGGACUCCAUCCGCCGCCGGACCCGGAGUGGACCGAGGAGCGGUUUCGGGUGGACCGUAAGAAGUUGGAAGUCAUGUUGUUAGCUGCCUCCGAGGGGAGAGUCAACGGAGGGGAGGAUUUCUUUCAGAAGAUCAUGGAUGACACCCAAACGCAGAUCGCCUGGCCCUCCAAACUGAAAAUCGGAGCCAAGUCCAAAAAAGAUCCACACAUCAAGGUGUGCGGGAAGAGGGAGAACGUGAGGGAAGCCAAAGACAGAAUCAUGUCCGUCCUCGACACAAAGAGCAACCGGGUAACCCUGAAGAUGGACGUCUCUCACACGGAGCACUCUCACGUUAUUGGGAAAGGUGGCAACAACAUCAAGAGGGUGAUGGAGGAGACGGGUUGCCACAUCCAUUUCCCGGACUCCAACAGGAACAACCAGGCCGAGAAAAGCAACCAGGUGUCCAUCGCAGGGCAGCCGGGAGGGGUGGAGGCAGCUCGAGUAAAAAUACGGGAGCUGCUCCCUCUCGUGCUGUCCUUCGAGCUACCCGCCAUCAUGCAGUCGGACCCCGGCUCCGCGACCGUGCAGCACAUCUCGCAGACCUACAGCCUCACCGUCUCCUUCAAGCCCCCGACCCGCCUCUACAGGGCCACCGGCGUGGUCCGCGGCUCGCAGAACAACGCCCACGCCGUCAAGAGGGGCACCGCUCUGCUGCUGGAGCAUUUGGCCGGCAGCCUGGCGAGCGCCGUCUCCAUCACCACCCACCUGGACAUCGCGCCGCAGCACCACCUCUUUAUGAAGGGCCGCAACGGCAGCAACAUCAAGCACAUCACCCAGCGGACGGGGGCCCAGAUUCACUUCCCCGACCCCAACAGCCCCCAGAAGAAAUCCACGGUCUACAUUCAGGGCACGAUCGAAUCGGUCUGCCUGGCACGGCAGUACCUCAUGGGCUGCUUGCCUCUGGUGUUGAUGUUUGACAUCAAAGAAGACAUCGAGGUGGAUCCCCAGUGUAUCACAGCACUAAUGGAGCAGCUCGACGUCUUCAUCAGUAUCAAACCCAAGCCCAAACAACCCAGCAAGUCUGUGAUAGUCAAGAGUGUGGAGAGGAAUGCCGUGAACAUGUACGAAGCCCGGAAAUUCCUCUUGGGUCUGGAGAGCAACGGGGUGUCCUCCUCCUCUGUGGCGCUGAAUCCCUCCGCCAACGUCCCGUCCCCGUCCCUCAUCUGCCCCGUUGGCCUGGACAUCCUGGCCUCAGCUGGCCUGGGGCUGAGCAAUCUGGGCUUCCUGGGAGCGACGGCGGCCCACUCCCUCAGCAGCUCUGCUGCGCCCAACGCCGUCCUCAACAGCUUGAACUCCUCCAUGGGCCCCCUGCAGAGCACCGGGCCGAGCACCCCCACUCCCACCGCCUCCCUGUGGGCCAGCUCCCUCACCGGCACCCAAGGCUUCUCAUCUCAGCUGCUGCUGCACCCGGCCGCCCAGGCCACCCUGAGUAGCAUCCUGCUGUCGGGUGUCCAGGGCUACACGCAGAAUACACCGUCUCCUCCACCCGGCCUCGCCCCAAUAGAUUUACAGCCCAACGGGGUCCCGGACUGCUCCAAGGGCUCCUGCUCCCUCAAUGGACACGUCAAGCAUUCGGGCUCAGUCUAUGGGAGGAUAGGCACGGCAUCACUUGCAGAAACGGUCUUGAGCCCGGCCCCGUGUGACCAGGUCCAGGAGGCCGGAGGACACAAUCCGUCCAAGCCGCUGUCCAGCAAGUCUGACCCGGACGAAGGUUCCGACACAUUUGUGGAAGUGGGCAUGCCCAGAAGCCCCUCGCACUCGGCCAACGGAAGUGAGCUGAAACAGAUGCUGGCUUCAUGCAAGACGUCAUCGGGGAAGCGACAGGCUGUGGAGCUGCUGCAGGGCACCAAGAACUCCCAUCUGCACUCUGAUUGUCUCCUCUCGGACGCCGAGUCCAGCUCGUCCGACAGCCCCGUGGCCGAUAAGCGGGCGCCAGGCAGCGAGCGGGCGGCUGAGCGGGCAGCGCAGCAGAACGAGAGGGAGCGAAUCCGACUGGUGCCAGGGACCUCCUUGGCUAACAUACAGGCGUUCGAUUAUGAACAGAAGAAGCUGUUGGCAACCAAAGCCAUGCUGAAGAAGCCCGUGGUGACCGAGGUGCGGACUCCCACCAACACCUGGAGCGGCCUGGGCUUCUCAAAGUCCAUGCCAGCCGAGACCAUCAAGGAGCUGCGACGAGCCAAUCACGUUCCAUACAAGCCGAGCAUGAGCACCACCUUCGAGGACUCCCCGCUGUCCUUGUCUCGGUCCAACAGCCGGGAAGGCCUCGGCAACGGCAGCGACUCUGACAACUGGCGAGACAGGAACGGCGGCGUUAACGGCCUCCCGUGUCACGCCGAGUUCCCCUCCGCCGUCGGCAGCCCCAAGAGGAAGCAGAACAAAUCCGCUGCGGAGCAUUACCUCAGCAGCAGCAACUACAUGGACUGCAUCUCCUCGAUAACUGGCAGCAACGGCUGCAGUCUGAACUCGCCUCUGAAAGGCUCCGACCUGCCCGAGCUCUUCAGCAAGCUGGGCUUAGGGAAGUACACGGACGUCUUCCAGCAGCAGGAGAUCGACCUGCAGACGUUCCUGACUCUAACCGACCAGGACCUGAAGGAACUGGGCAUCACCACCUUUGGGGCCCGCAGGAAAAUGCUGCUCGCCAUCUCAGAACUAAACAAGAACCGGAGGAAACUAUUCGAGCCGCCCAUCAGGUCCUCUUUCCUGGAAGGGGGGGCUAGCGGCCGCCUCUCUCGUCAGUUCCACGCUGACAUAGCCAGCGUGAGCGGGCGAUGGUAGGCCCCCGCCGCCCUACGGGCCGCCCUGCGACCGUCCACGAUGGAGGACCCCCCCCCCAUCCGGUGUCUCCCUGUGCCUCGGUACCCCCGGCUUAAGCUGGAUGAAGACUGUUCAAAUGUUUUUGUUGCCAUAUAGUAUAAAUAUAUAUAUUAAAAAAAGCCAUAGUUUUACCUUAAGUGCCAACAAGAAAGAAGGGAUUUUUUUUUUUUCUCCAGAAACAUAAAGUUCAGUUGUUCACUCCUUAUUGAGCCAUUGAGUCUCUCUGGAGCAUUUAUAUAUGAAGGUUUGUGGUUAUGGUUCUGAUGAAGGGUACUGUCCAGUAUUUCUGUCCAAAUUUCAUUCAAGGGAACAGGCAGAAGUAUUAGUACAAUCAUUUUACACUUUGAUACGACCUGCAUUUGUAGUAUGCUGUUUUAUCAGUGACAUGCACUUUAAUAUUGCUAGACUUUUGCCUGUGAGAGCCUAAUUCAUUAGAUCAAAAUAACUAUGCUUUUUUUCUUUUCUUUUUUUUUCUUUUUUAUUGACUAAAAGCACAGUUGCAUUUUGUACCAAACCGAAUAUAAGCACUUACAAGUUUAGGGCGCCACCAAAUGCAGAAAUUGUGACUUAAUCACCCAUAACAAAUACCAAAGGAACCCUUUGGAUGCCUUGUGUGUUUUGAUUGGUGGACAUUCCUCUGAGGUCCGUGUUGUGUCCUCAGUCUGUUUGUACGUCUGUGUGUUUACUAGACAAAAAAAAAAUUCAAUAUUUUGUACUCUGUAUUAUGAUUUUAUUAUUUAGUUGUUGUUACCAUUUUAGGGGAAUGGGUAGGCUGUUUAACGGUAAUCAGUUUACAUUUGUAUUUUUUUAUACAUUGAGUUUGUUAUUUUUGUAAUUAGAUUAUUAGGAUCACUAUCUUUUUUUUUUUUUUUUUUUUUAAUCAUCUGUGGAGCCGUAAUGUGGCUGUGCCAUGAGACAGCAGCAGAGACACGAGGCGGUUGGGCAAAGCUUUAAAGUCCUGUCUCUGAUUGUGUCACCAGGCCUCUUUGUAUGCUCCUCCUCUGUUUUGUUUAUCGUGCGUGGGUCGUUUGUCAGAAUCUGUUAUUUGUCACCGCUGGCCUCCCCGUGGCCCCCCUCGCGUGUUUCCCGGAAAUCGCACAAAGCCCUCCUCCGCGUACCCAGACCUCGAGUUGCUAUGCUGGAACGCCUCUGUGGCCUUUUUUUGUCUUCCUAUAAACCGGCUCUUCCAUUUAGAGCCAGGAAGGAGGGACCCAUCGGAGCAAGGUCAUGUUGUUUGUGGCAACAAAAAAAUAAAUAAAUGUCCGAUGUACACAGCUGGUUCUUGAGCAGGGAGAUAUUUGGUUAGGAACACAAAUAUCUUCUGGUCUGAGCUCGCUCUCCAGUGCAGCCACAGCCAAAUUGCUCUCAUGUGAGAAUAAAGAGAUGGAAAACAAGAAUUAGGAGAUUUAGGAGGAAAAGGGAUAGGAAUCUGGAGUUCUGUUAUCAGUCGUGCACUCUUUAAUAUCCAGGAAGCGGGGUUAAGCACACUUUAAUGAAGGCCCAGGAUCAUGCAUGAGGUAGCAGUGUUUACCAUAAAGACUUGUUCUGUAUUCUGUUCGGUCAUGUUGAUGAACAGCGGAUUUCCCCAGUGUUGUUCUUAAGAUUCAUGAGGAUUUAGCCUCCGAAAACGAUCCGUCUUCCAUAGUCUUGAACUCUUUGUAUCAAGUGCAAUUAAGUGCCUCUUUGUUACCCCCCCCCCCCCCCCCCUUUUUUUUUCUUUGCUAAGUUUCUAAAAUCGUAAUGCUGACAAAAGUCAUAUCUUCAAAUGAAAGUGCAGUGUUUAUAAGCAAUUUGGUUUGCAAAGGACGCUUUUGAGAAAUCAUCCCGGCGGCAUCGCCAAAUAAAAAGCAACCGCAGUGAUCACACGGCUUCGUACAGGGAGACAUUGUUAAUUUGUCACUUCUCUUCGGCCCUCCUUCUUGAGGGCAGUCGUCGCCGUCGUUGUUGUUGUUUACCACGUUCACCCUAAACCACUUUCCCACCUCUCGCAUCUGAUUUGAGACGUUUCACGUGGUGAAAAAGCACUGCACACGCUCCUCGACGCCAACCAGGCAAUUGUCAUUGACGUUGACACUAACCUAGACGGGGAUACCUUUAUCCUGAGAGGAGACCCCCCCCCCCCCCCCCCGCCUCACUAAUCAUGGUACUACAUUGAAACUGUUGAGCACUGAUUCUACCAGUGCUGAGACGCGUGUUCCUGCCUCGCAGACAUUUGUUUUUCACCCCUCUUUUCCGAUGCUUUCGCUCGGAGGGAAGCGGAGUUCUUGUCUCAAGUGAAUGUUUAAGAAAAAAAUAAUAAUAAUAUAGAUGCAUGUUAUUGCAGAUUUAUUACGGAUCAGUGAAGGGAGUCGAAACGUUUACUGCUUGUCUAGUCUUUGCCCUCCGAUGGAGUAGAUUCACAAUUAUGUCUUUUGAUUGGUUCUAUUCCUUUUGUUGUUCCCAAAGGGAUUUAUUUGAAGGAGUCUUUGUACUGCAAUCAAAUGGUACAUUUAUAAUAAAUGUAAACCACUAAGGAUAAUACAUAACUUUUGUACUACUUUUUCAUCUUGUGCAACCAUUGUUUUUGUGUGAAAAAGGUACAAUUCUGCACAAGCCUCCAGAGAAGGAUUUGUGUACAAACAUGCCAUGUGGCCAAAGCUCUGUUCAAUGUGGCAUCUGUUGAUGCUAUUGUUCUAAUUGUAUUAUAUUACAGAUAUAAACAGGACAUUUUGGAAAACUGUCAAGCAGGCCAAAAAAAUGUUGGUUCAAGCAUUCAAAUAUUAUGAAGGUAAUAAAUGUAUGCAA